UGCAUCCCGAAGACAAACAUUCGACCGAUCGAGGCAACAGUGUUAUUUUUAUAGUGUUCUCGUUGUGUUCUCUCCAUUUCAAACUUUUUGAGUUGACUCUUGGGUGGAAAAUGAAGGUCACACGUUCUUGUUUUUCACUUUUAAAACCAGGAAAACCUCCUUACAGGAUACUUUUCUUCGGAACUGAUUUUUUUGCCAUUCCUCCUUUGAAAAUGCUGCUUCAAAAUGCAGGGUCUACUAACAACAGAUUAAUAGAGCAUGUUGAGGUUGUCUGCCCACCAGAAAGAAGACGAGUAAUCAAUAAGAAACUGCUUAAAGGAACCAAUCACAUGACAGUAAGAGAGUUUGCACAGGAACAAGACUUGCUGAUACACUAUUGGCAAGGGAAAGAUGGCUGGCCAAAUAAUUACUGUCUGAAUGGACCAUAUGAUAUUGGUGUGGUAGCAUCAUUUGGCUAUUUGAUCCCCAACAGAGUACUGGAUGUAUGUUUACGUGGGUCAUUAAAUAUUCAUCCAUCACUGUUACCUCAAUGGCGUGGAGCAGCACCGAUGACGUAUGCUAUCCUAGAAGGAGCCAAACAAACAGGGGUUUCUAUAGUAGAAGUUUCACGGAAUAGGUUUGAUAGAGGAAAAAUAUUUUUACAAGAAAAAUUUCAGAUACCCGAUAAUGUCAUGUUUGAUGAAUUAUCAACUAGUCUCUCCAUACAAGGCACAAAAAUGUUAUUUCGUGCUUUAAGUAAUUUUGAUGAAAUGUCUAAUAACGCAAAACUGCAAUCCAACGUUGGAAUAUCUCACGCUCCUAAAGCUACAAAAGAAAUUGGUUUCAUAAACUGGAAUGAACACACUUGGCUUCACGUGUGGAGAACAUGGAGGGCACUAAGUACAAGGGAUGGUUGGGCAGGCUUUACGUCUCUUCAAGUAGAAUGCAAGUCAGUCAUUUCAGCAAAAGAUUUCUCGAACUCAUAUCUUCAAACAUCGAGGCAUUCAAAAAAUCAUAUUUUCGAGAUCUUGGAUUCUUAUAUCUCAGAGUCACCGCUGAAGGAGGACAAGAUACAAACAUGACGAGGGCUCGUCCAUCACCUUGUCUCCUCUACGGACCUCUCUCUUUGCUUUGGGGUUUCUGGAAUCUUUCUUUGGCGGGCUACCUGUGGUGUUUAGAAUAUAAAUGACCAAGAUAGACUGAGAA